AUGAUCGUUGAUGUCAUCGUUGUAUAAUAUCAACUCACUAUUUUAUCAAUUAAUUCAUCUCGAUUACAUUAAGAUAAUUACAAUAAGACCAAUAUUGAUAGAAAAUCUUUGAUGUGAGAAACCAUAACACAAAAAUCCAGAUAGCAGGAUAUCUAACAAAAUUAAGCAUCAUUCAAAAUAUCAAUAAACAAAUAUUUUUAUAAAGGCAAACAUUAAUCACAAUCUAUUUUGAAUUAAUCUCUACGAAUACAACAAUUAAAAAUAGCCUGUUCUGAAAAAUAGAAACUUUUAAUAUUGUCUAUC